AUGGACAUUGAUGAAAUUUCCCGUUCAACACCAAUGGACAUUGACAAACCUGCUGGAAAAAAUGGUGAACAGAUCACGGCGAAACGAGAACCGGAGAAGAAGGAUGAUAUUGAGAAUACGGAGGGUUUAACUUGUCCAAUUUGUAUGGAUAGUUGGACGGCCACCGGGGAGCAUCAAGUGUGUUGUCUACCUUGCGGUCACCUGUUUGGGACGUCUUGUUUGAAGAGGUGGCUUAAUCAACGUGGUGGUUGGCGAAGCAAGUGCCCUCAAUGCAGAAGCUUGUGCAAAGUGUCGGAUAUUAGGUUACUUUAUGCAUCUCGAAUUGUAGCUGUUGAUGAUGACCACGAUAAACAAGAAUUGCAAAAGAAAGUCCAAUCUCUUGAAUCUAGAUGCGCUUAUUUGGAGAAGAAGGAUUCAGAAUGGUGUAGGAAAGAGUGGGAAUGGCGAAUGACAAGCAUGGGAUUUGGGCAGGCACGAACCACGAGACAAUUCUAA